AUGAAGAAAGGUACUGGCGAGGUCUUAUGGAGUGCUCAGAAGAAGGCCGAGCAAAGCUUCAGAAAGAUGACUUCCACACCCUUUGUGCUGGCUCUGCGGCUGGAAGAUCCACCAAACAAAUGUCCACCCCCGACGUUUGCAAUCUAUGAUGGAAAAACAGAUCUUGUAGCACAUAUUUCAGCCUACACUCAUAAGAUGGUUCUUUGGGCAGGUCAAGACGGACUCAUGUUCAAAAUGUUUCUGUCAAGUCUCGGGACAACAGCCAUGAAAUGGUUCCACCAACUUCCAGAGCAUUCAGUUUCAUCUUGGAGGGAGUUGGCCCGGAUCUUCGUAGCAAGAUUCAUAGCAAAUAGUCGAGAUCCAGCAAGAUUAAAUAUGCUAUUUGCUUUACAUUUGAGGAGAGGAGAAUCACUCCGGGCUUACGUUGCCAGAUAUUCAGAUACCUAUGCGGAUAUAGAAGAUUAUGAUGAAAGGACCGUAGUGGCUACUUUUCUCCUCGGGCUCCCUCGUGAUUAUAAAUUGCGACAGAGUUUGAUGAUAGCUCCACCCAAGAGUAUGGCCGCGCUUCAGGACAUGAUUAAGCAAUACGUCAAACUGGAAGAAGACAAACAGGGGGAUCGGUAG